CUCACUUCAGCCCCGUGACCUUUUAGUGGUCUACAAAAUAAAACGCAAAAAAAUUUAAAACCAUAUAGCGAAAGAAACACAAACCGUUUUCGGCGCAGUUCUGGACAUGUGCGACUAUUGGCAAUGCGUUUGAGUCGAAUUGGGCAUGACGAGAAAAUAUCAAAAGCGGAUAGUGCCAGGCAACUCAUCGAAGGCAUCCAGGAUCACAGGAAACUUAUGCAAAUAAUUCGACUGCUCCGCAGCACUUUAUAUCUCACACAACUUGGUCAGUUCCUUUCAACCGGAAUCAACAUUUCAAUAACGCUCGUCAACAUCCUAUUUUUGGCGGAAAACAACUUUGCUAUGACCUACUAUUAUGUGUUCUUUGCGGCCAUGUGUUUAGAGCUGCUUCCAAGUUGUUACUACGGAACUCUGAUGUCGAUGGAGUUCGAUAAAUUACCAUACGCCAUUUUCACGAGCAAUUGGAUUGGAAUGGAUAGUGGAUAUAUCCGAUCUUUGAUAAUACUAAUGGAGCUAGCGGUUGUCCCUGUGAAAAUUAAGGCUGGAGGAAUUGUUGGCAUCGACAUGAACGCUUUUUUUUCCACAGUCAAAAUGUCCUACUCGUUUUUCACCUUGGCCAUGUCAUUUAGAUUCUAAGUAAUUCAUUCCAAUUAUUGCAAGCUUCAAACAAUUAUUAUAAGUAUUUCACUUAAA